GAAAAUGGCAGCAAGAAACCAAACAAAAGACCUUAAGUGUGCCACACAUCUCCUAAGUGAUAAAUUCAGAAACAUGACUGAGGAAAAGAAGGCGAUUGUGAGGGAUCUAGGAUUCGGUGGGUUGAUGCACAUCCCACCACUAAGGGUGCAUCACCAACUGUUAAGGGAGCUGGCAAACAACUUCAAACUUGGGGAGAACAGACUGGAAACAGGAUAUGGUUCUUUCAAAAUAACCCCAAGAAAGAUAGGUCGUGCGCUUGGCAUCAAUGCAACAGGAGAUCUGUUUCCUCAGAAAGUCGAGUAUAAGAAACUUUCUGAGGAUGACAAAAUAAUUUUUAGAAGAUUCCAGGGUAAGACCCUCAAAAGUCUUACCGAUGAGAUGAUGGAUAUCGGCGUUGGUAACGAAGAGGAACGCCUAAUGUUCAAGAGGAUUUUCAUCCUCUAUAUACAGAUGGCGUUCCUUUUGCCAACGACAAUAAACAAAAUCUCGCCUGUACACCUGGCCCCAAUUUUUCAGAUGGACAGCAUAACGGAGCGAAACUGGGGAGGGCAUGUUUUGACCUUUAUCGUCAAGGGCAUAACCGACUACAAGGAGAAAAAGAAGAAGGCAAUUGAUGGCUGCCUCUUUGCCCUGAUGAUAAUAUAUUUUCAUCUUUCUAAAAAUAAAGGCAAGAAGAGGGCUGAAAGACCGCCAAAAUCCUAGAUUGCCAACUGGAGUAAGGAGCAGUUGGUCGAAAGAAUGAAUGCAGAAACAGAGAAA